AUUUAUAUUUAAUAUAUUCUUUAAUACUGGUACUAGUCAAAGUAUUGCAUUUAACUAUUUAUAUAUUUUAUUGUUAAAAUGCACAGCUUCCAUGAAAAUGACAAUAAUCUCGCCUCAUAACAUACUUUUAAGUACAUUUGUUUGAUUCAAUCCUAUUUAGUCAUAGGGUAUGAACAUUACUUAGCAGCAAUUGCUAAACUGAUGUUUCACUCAGAAAGCUUCACUUUGCCACCCGCCCUGUUCAUUCUCUGAUUUGAAUCCUGUUAGACUCUAUCUCUACUUCAGCAUAGUCGUUAUUAUUGCUCUGCCUGCUGAGAGGGGGCCUUGUUUGUGAAGGGCUUCAGUCCAGAACUCUGGAUGAUGGUAGACAGCUGUUCUGGAAUCAGGGCAAGCCUGCUCCAGCCUUCCUUCCCACUAAAGCACAGAAACACUGGACUGCAGCAGCCUUGGGGCACGCUGGGAGCUUUCAGUGUGCAGGGCAGGACUGAGCUUAUCAUCUGUGCUCUACUGCUGGCCAUAGCGAUUGCCCCUGGCCAGACCAAUGUUGGAACCGACAGAACAGAAAGGGUGAAAUCCAGGCUCCCCAAAAUGCUUGAGGAUAAGCAACAGGGGCCUGGACUUGGGGGUGCACACCACCACACAGAAGAAAGGAGCACAGUAGGCUGUGGAGAUUGUGUGGUUUCUAUGGGGAAUUAUCGGGGUCCCAUCAUGGAAGGGAGUGUGGAAAGAGGGUCUGCCACAGGACUGGCACAGGACAGGAAGAUUCGGAGUGUCUCGGAUAUAGGUACCAGGAACAGUCCAAAAGGGGACAACCAUAGUGAUAAGGGGGCGCCAUCUUACCCCACAGAAGAUCCCAAGAGCCCUCACUCCCCAGGGGUACCCUGCCCACUAGCCUGUGUGUGCAACAGCAGUGCAGUAAACUGCUCUGGAGCAGGCCUGAGGGAGAUCCCAUCUGCAGGGAGCUGCCCUCCCCACACCACACUGCUGGAUCUGUCCAGGAAUAAGAUCUCUACUGUGAUACCACAGCAUUUAGCCGGCUUUAAGGAUCUGCGGAUAUUAGAUUUAAGCAACAACUUGAUUGUCACCUUGGAAGAGAAGACAUUUAAAGAGCUGACAAGUCUCCACUCAGUAAAGCUUGGCUCCAACAGCUACCUCUGUGACUGUGCACUGUCCUGGCUGAAAGACUGGGUCCAGCAGAACGCAGCUCUGGUGCCAGACAGAGAGGAAAUUACCUGCAGCCUGCCCGCCAGCCUCUUCAACACCCCCCUCACUGCACUGGACAGCCCAGCUAUCCCCUGCGCUGACAGCUACGUGUCCUGUGUUCAGAGGCCUCAGCAGCAGCAGCAGCAUGAUGCAGUUUUGCUUUACUCUUCUCUGGACGGGCCUCCUCAUACUGCAGCCUCCUGCAAUGCGCUGUGUCAUCGGCGCACUGAGACCCACUGGAGCCUGGACCCCAAGGAGCGCUGCCUGUGUGGCUCCCUGCCUUCCCCCUCCUCCCCCGGGCCUAGAGCACAGGCCUGCAGGGAGGUGUGCUCCAAUGCGGUACGGACCUCCGUAUGUGGACGCACUGUCAUCCUCAAAGCCUUUCCUGUGCAGGUAAACUUGGUGUUACACGCCCUCAGGUAUCACAGUGUGUGCCAGCCUGUAGAGCUGAGUGCCAGCACAGCCGUGCCAGGCACUGUGUACCAGUGGGAGUUUGGGGACGGCUCCACACCACACAACUCCAGUGAUACACGGACACGCUACAAAUAUGCCCUGCCAGGGACCUAUAGGGUGGGGGUGUGGGCACAUACAGGGGCCAGCACGCUGUGGCAGAGCCGCCUCAUCACCGUGGUCAUGCCAGCCGGCCCGGUGGAGCUGGAGUGCCCCCUGCUGGUGGAACAGAGGCACAGCGUGGAAAUCUGGAUCAACACCGAGAGAGGGACAGAGAUGUCAGCUGUGUGGAGCCUGAGGGACAGCGAGGGCACACAGACCAUUGAUGACUCAUCCUGCCCUAGAGGGGGGCGGGUCUUCUUGACAAACCUGCACUGCUAUUGGCUGAGCCAGACGCAGGAGUCGUGGCAGGCUGCCAGACAGUCUUGUCAGCUGACUCCAGGGGCAGACCUGGUGGUAGUCAGCAGUGCGGAGGUACAGGGCUUCAUUCAACAAACCUUUCCAAUGGCUGGAGCCAUGUGGCUCGGACUCAGUGAGCACAGCAAGGGGGAGCUCAGAUGGGUAGAUGGGACUCUUCUGGACUCCUUCCAGAACUGGGGCUCUGUGAAUCUGGGUCAGAACUGCAUCCAGAUGGAGAGCAGUACCGGGGGGCAGUGGAGAGGGAUGGGAUGUGAGAAGAAGAACCUGUUCAUCUGUGAGAAAGCUGUGGCAGCCCCCCUUCCCAGUGUAGACAGUUUCCUGACGGGAGUGCCUGUGAUGUCGGGGAUGUACCCAGUGAGGGAGCUCUCUGUCUUGCCUGCUGCUCCGGCCCCAGGGUCGCUGGGCGUUGAGAUGAUGGUGUUCCCCGGGUUGUGGUUCAGCCACGCUGGUCAGCUGGUCUCAGUGGAGUUUGUGAUCCAGCCCAUCAGCCAGCUCACCGAGGCUCGCAUCCAGAUCCUGAGGCCCUACUGCAGCCCUGCACAGCACCUCGUCCCCCCAGGCUGCUCGUCUUUGCAGAACCCAUUUGCCUGUUGCUCUGAUGUGCCCCUGUGUAACACCACAGGGGGCUGUGUGGGAGGGCAGCAGUGGUGCCACCUGAGAGAGAGCUGCCUGCCCGUCACCUCCCCCUGCAGCUCCUACAGCCUGCCCCUGCCCUUGCCCCCACGGCACACUGCCACCCCACCUUUCUACUACCUGGUGGCAGAGCUGCCUCUCAGCCUGGCGCCGUGCACAGAGCCCACUCACAUCAACGUGCUGCUGUCCGCUCAGGAGAUCCACGCCUACCCUGACGACAUCCUGGCCCUGCAGCAUGAUGCGGGGCCGGGCUCCCUCUUGCACUGCCCCCCCUCCCCUGGCUCCCCCUGGCGCCAGAGCUUCCUCACCCUGUGGGGGCCAGGCUGGUGGGAGGGGGGGCUGACCGCACUGGAGCCCUCCCUCGACUGGGUGGAUGAGGCUGUGUGUGACCUGCGUGUGCUUUACACAGACAGCAUGCGGAGCUAUGCAGUCUCCCCCCUUCUAAACACAGCCCCCAGCCAGCCUGGCCCCUACACCUACAGCGUAGCGAUCAGCAACCCGGUCAGCAGCACAACUGAGAGCUGCACUGUGGAGAUCCACAGCAGAGUGGCGGGCCUACAGAUCAUCCACCCCCAAACCACCAGGGGAAACAUCCAUCUGCUUCUGAAGCAGCCAGCUCUGGUUGUUAUUAAGAUCCUGGCUGGCUCCAAUGCCACUGCAACCUGGUCUGCCCCAGUCCUGCUCUCUGCAGCCCCUUUCCAACCCUCCUGCCCCCCGGAGGUCCUGGGACAGGCACCCGGCUGCAAGAGGGACACCUCGGACACCUGGUUCUCCUCUGCCCCUGUCCUCCUGGCCUCUCUGUCCUCCCAGCUCCUCAAUAUCACUGUGUCCAAUCAGAUCAGCUCUCAGAGUCUGUCAGUGGCACUGCAGUCUCAUGAGGCCGUGGGAGGGCUCCGCAUGUCUCCCUCUGGUGCCUAUAGGAUGCUGGUAGACGUGUCACAGGUUUUCUCUGCGGAGGUGAGCAGGGGCUCCUCAGUCACCUUCAGCUGGGUGAUCGAUGACCUGACAGUCUUUGCAUACACAGGGCAGACAUACAACGUGGUGUUCAAGAAGCCUGCACAGUACAAACUGAAGGUCACUGCAUGGAAUCCUGUGAGCUCAGAGUCUCUGUUGGUGCAGCUCACUGCUGACCUCAUGAACCCUCUGGCAGACCCCCAUUUUCUAUCCGUUGCCAAGGUGAUGCCUGUCAAUACUCUACAGGAGAUCAUCUUCCGGGUCAAGGUGGACAUCUCCAUCGAUGUUACUCUCAGGUGGGAUUUUGGUGAUGAUAGCCCAGUGGUGGAUCAUGCACUGAUCCCCCCAUACAAGGCCAGUCUGCCCCAGCCAGACCCCGGGGUCAAGCAGGUCUACCUGCAGGACUCUGCCAGCCACACCUACACUCAGCCUGGUGACUACACAGUGCGAGUUCAAGCAUUUAACAAGUACAACCACACUGAGCAGAGUGUUCCUGUGAAGGUUCGAAGUCCUCUGACUGCAUUGACCCUUUCCUUGAAUCCUUACCAUCCUCUGGUCAACCAAAGCCUUGAGAUAGAGGCAGUUCCUAGUCCCUCUCCCUACGGAAUCAGUUACCGCUGGAACUUCAAUGAUGGCUCCCUCUUUCUGGAGGGACCCAAUUCCACAGUGCAUCACAGCUUCACAGCAAGCGGCUUGUACAAUCUAACAGUAGUGGCCAAUAACACAUUGAGCUUUGUGACUUCUUGGCUUCUUGUUGUCGUGGGGGAAAGCAUUAGCAACCUCCAACUGACUUCUAAUGCUCCUAACGAGCUGGGCUCACCCACAGUGGUCAGCGGAACUGUGUCAGCUGGUACUGGACUGACAUGGACCUUCGAUAUGGGCAGUGGACAGGUUUUUACCAACCUCUCUGGCAACUUUGUCUCCUAUGUCUACACUGCAGCUGGGAAUUACACGAUCAACGUGAUUGUGCGCAACUCUGUCAGUAGUGCUUCACAGUCUAUAAGAGUGGAGAUAUACAAACUUAUGGUACUUGGGAUCCUUCCCUUAAGUUGCCAAGUGACUGGGGAAGAAGUCAGUUUCCAGGCUUUGGUGAACAGAAAGGUGAAGGACCUGAAGUUCUAUUGGAGCUUUGGGGAUGGAAGGCCUCUCUCCAUCGUGGAGGGCAAUUCUACGGUGAUCCACGACUACUCAAGCCCAGGAAGCUACCCUAUGAAUCUGACAGUCUUCAGCCAGGUUGGCACGGCUUCCUAUCAGAGAACCGUCUGCGUGGAAGACAUGAUAACAGCAUUGACACUGAACUCCUCCAGCUCUGCCGUGGCCAUAGAUGAGGAUGUGUGUUUCAUUGCUGAUAUAGUUCCUCACCCAGAUGUCCGGCACACUUACCGUUUCAUGUGGAACAGUGGAAUCGAGAAUGAAUCGCCCAUCAGUGGCCUGAGAGAUUUCUGUUAUGCCUUUAGAAAAGAGGGAACCUACCAGGUCUCAGUGGAGGCCAGCAAUAAUGUCAGUAGCCGGAGUGACAGUGUGUUUGUUCAUGUGCAAGAGCUUGUUGGGAAGCUUUGGAUCAGGCAUGAUGGAGAAGAUCUUGGGGCUUUGACUGUCAACAGGACUUACCAAUUCAUGGUGGGAACCACUAGUGGCACAAAUAUUACCUUUAAAUGGGAUUUUGGUGAUGGCUCACCACCAAGUUUAGGGCAGAACUUUUCUCAUACCUAUAAUACUCCAGGAAUGUUUACUGUCACUGCAACUGGAGAGAAUGCAGUAAGCUGGACAGUGGCCACCAUGAAGAUUUCUGUCCUGUCGCCUAUUUCAGAAUUGAUUCUAAGCACCAGCCAGACUGCUGCAGAAGUUGGUCAAGCAGUUAUAAUAAUGGCUAAGGUGAACUUUGAAGGGAAUGCCCAAUUCUAUUGGUCAGUAGACCCAUCCAUCCUCCUGGAAGAAGGAACGUCAACUUUCCGUUAUACAUUUCCCAAGCCAGGAGUCUACCGAAUCUCUGUAUUAGCGCAAAAUCUGGUGAGCAAACAACGAGCCUCUAUCACGAUAGAAGUAUUUGAGAGGAUCCGUGGACUGAAAAUCCUCAGCCAGGAUUUGAUUUCUGGGAGAUAUGUCCCCACGAAAGCAAACUUAUUUUUAACCGCAUUUAUCACGCACGGUUCCAAUGUAAGCUAUACAUGGACUGUACAUUUGGGGGGAACCCAUGCAUUGAAAAGCAAAGGGGACUCGUUGACAUUCCUUCCUAAUUCAGCUGGGGAUCUGCAGGUGGAUCUUAGAGCCAACAACCCCUUGGGAGUGCUGGAUGAGAGAAUCAUGCUGAGGGCUGUGGAGUGUGUUACUGGAGUUAGGGUCCUAACUACAAGAGACAGUGUGGCUGUGGGCAGGCCUAUUAACAUCUCUGUUAGUGUGGAUUCUGGGACAGACUUGCAGUAUACCUGGUAUACAGGCUCCGAUCAGACUCCUCUGUUUUCCAAUGUGUCCUUCCUUUCUCAUGUCUACAGUUCCAUAGGCUCUGUCAUCAUCAAUGUGACUGUCAGCAAUGUCCUGGGCUCUAGUGCUGGCUCAACAGAACUAAGGGUCCAGGAGCCUGUGUUUGAUUUGAGCUUUCAGGUCCUAGGCACUUUGAAACCAUUGUAUGUCCCGUCAAAUACAACCGUGAGGCUCCAUGGCUUCGCGACAAAAGGGACUGAUCUACAGUGGGAGUGGCAUUUUCCUGGGACAAUAGGACCCAUCUUUUUGUACAACCAGGAGAUUUCCUAUUCCUUCAAGGAAGCAUCCAUGUACCAGGUGUCCCUCAAUGCUUCUAAUGACGUGAGCUGGAAGGAGGUAUCUCACCAAGUUACAGUUCAGGACACCAUUCAGGGUUUGGCUCUGGAGGUCAGUCGUUCUACAGUCUGUGAGGAAGACCAGAUAGUUUUUAAGAUGAGCGUCUUGAAGGGGACCAACAUCACCUAUUCCUUGAACUUCACCUCCCUGAACCUCUUGGUGGAUCUCCAAAACAACAUCUAUGAGUGUUCUCACCUCCUGGUCGGCCGUCACAAUGUCACAGUGAGGGCCGUGAAUGACGUGAGCUCCCAGUCUAAAUCCCUGGUGGUAGAAGUGGUGGAGAAGAUUCGAGGGCUAAAACUAGUCAACAGGUCUCUUCCGGUCCUUGAAGCUCAGAAAGAGGUGAGCUUCCAAGCCCAGGUCGUCAGUGGCUCCCAUGUAAGUUACCAGUGGCUGUUCCAGAUUCCUGGAUACCCAGAUUACCCAGCAUUGGGCCAAAAGGUCUUCUAUACCCCACCAGGUGAUGGAAGCCUUACUGUCAACGUGGUGGCCACCAAUGCCUUUUGCUCCAAUUCCUUAACGGAUGCUCUGAUGGUGCAGUCUCCUGUCCUGCAGGCUACGCUUGCUACUAAUGGUACUGAUGUUUUCACCAACCAGACUGUGACCUUCUGGGUAGUCCUAAGAGGAGGGAGCAAUUUGCACUAUGAGUGGAACUUUGGCGUCUCUGGGAAAGAAGUAAUUUACAGAACCAGGAACAACACAGCUGUCCAUAUCUUUCAAGAAGCAGGGUCCUAUUUAGUUGGAGUGAAAGUCUUUAACCAAGUCAGCUUGUCCACUGCCCAGAUGCUCAUUACAGUCCGGAGUCUGGAGUGCAGUGUCCCUAAAGUUAUUCUGAUACAGAGGGAGACCAACAUCCUGAAGUCUAGGCCCAGCUACUUCGAAGCCAGUGUACAUCUGCAAGGCUGCACCACUUAUAGGGCUGGCUACUCCUGGGAGGUCUUCAUGGGUCCCAGCUGCCUGGAGCAGGAUAGGGUUCCCCUAGGGAGUGCUGACGUCUCCACCCCUUUACUGAUCCUCCCCAAGCUGACUCUGGACUUGGGCUCCUACUGCCUGAGAUUCACAGCCGCUCUGUUGGGCACCCCUUUGCUGCAGCAACAGACUCUGAAUAUCACAGUGGUGCAGAGUCGACUGGUGGCCCUCAUCAGGGGCGGGUCCCACAGGGUCUGGUCAGCUCACGAUGACCUCCUAUUGGAUGGGACUGACUCCCAUGACCCUGACACUGGAGUUGGGGAAGAGGAUGAGAUGGAGUACCAAUGGGACUGCGUCAUUCAGAACAUGUCCGCUCCUUCCUGCAUUCCCCAGCACCUGGUCAACCACAGUAGCUUGACCCUGUCCAGUGAGAAUCUGUUGCCUGAAAGUGUCUACAUCUUCACUGUAACUGUCCGCAAAGCAGGGAAGCAAUGUGUCUCCACCAUGCAGACCGUGACAAUGAAGCCUGGUCAGGUCUUGCCUGUGUCGAUAGCGUGCCUCUCUUGCAGUGCCCUUUCCAGCUAUGGAGUGAGUCAGAGUGUCCACGUCACCCUGUCCGGAUAUUGCCCCUCCUGCAGCAGCCGGGCACAGUUCCACUGGGAGGCUGUCGUUCGAGGCGGUGAAGAGGUUUUGGAUCUGGACAAAGUGAGCACCUCCACGGGCCCCUUUUUCCCUGACCUGGUGGUGAGGCAGGGGGUGCUGAGGGAUGGGGUGAACUACACCUUCACCCUGAACGUGGUUGACCCACAGGGGGCUCUGUGGGGCUCUGCCAGCAUCACCUUGGUCCCCAAUCACCCCCCUAGUGGAGGAACCUGCACACUGCAGCCUGAUACUGCCAUCUACCUGCUGGAGACUCCUGUCACAUCAAACUGCACUGGAUGGAGGGAUGCAGACAGCACCCCCUCUCAGCUCAUCUUCAGCAUGGUGGCAGAGCUGUGUCUGGAGGGCUGCAGGCAGUGCCAUCGCUUCACCCUCUACAGGGGCACCAAGCCCAGCUUCAGCAGCCUGCUUCCCCUGGGACCACCCGGGGCCUUCAGCACCAUCACUGUGCUGAUCCAGGUGGAGAACUCCCUGGGGGCCAAGACCACCGCAUUCAACAGGACUCUGUCAGUCUCCAUGCCUCUGCUGCCCUCAGGUUUCCAGAGCAUCACUGAUUGGCUGAAGAACAAGAGCCAAUCAGAGCUGUGGGGCGUGGUGCAGCAGGGGAACCCCCAGGAAGUGAUCCCUUACUCCAUCGCUCUGAUCAGCGCACUCAACCAGGACAGGAAUGUGAGCGAGGAGGAGCUGGGAGACAGAAUCUCAAUCCGCAGCAACAUCACGCGAGCCCUGACCUCACUCAACAUCUCCACCAUACAGGAUGUGGUGCAGCUCAGCGCUGCCCUGGCACAGUGUGUGGUUGUCCCCCAGGAGUUUGUGUGUGAGGAGUGCCAGCAUAGGACCCUUGAGGUCACCCACAAGAUGAUCUCCAUCAUCGGAGAGGAGCUGGUGCGGGGCGACGCCACCCCCACCUCCACUGGCACAAACAUCCUGCAGAUCCUGGGUGGCUCGAUGGCCGCAGCAGACUACAACAACACAACAGCAGGCCAGAGCUCUGAACUCACAGUGUCAGCCUUCAGCCUCAUGUUGGCGCUCAUGAGGUCCCUGAUGCGCUCGCGGGUCCCCAGGGAGGAGACACUAAGCCUAGGAGUCCCUGAAAUCCAGAUCCAGGGCCACAGGGCCGACCCCAGCAACCUGCUCUGCACCAGGCUUUCACAAAACUGCAACUUUUACAUCCCCCGGGCACUAAGCAGCCAGUUAGAGCAGAGUAGGGAGGUGGUGCAGAUCCUGAUGCAGAUGGAAGUGAACCCCUUUUCACUUAGCCUGCCGCACGCACACCCCAUCUCCACCGGCCUUGCUGCCAUGGAGUUCACCACUCCCCAGGGCCAGCCCAUUCCCAUUGCAAACCUGUCCAAUGAAAACGCCAUUCAGGUGGUCCUGCCGAAUCAGGCUGGGGAUGAAAGCGGAGCUAGUGACGUCACAAUCCCUCCACAGGGCUCGGUCAAUUUCACGGUGAAGGCUGUCAACAGCAACCCGGAGGCUGGCCUGUACAUUUCCUUCAGAUUCACUCUGCCUCCAGGUUCGAAGCAGGAGGGGAAUGCCGUUGUACGGAUCUACAUUGACGCGAGACCGGGCCCCAGUGAAUCCCAGCACUCUCUGAUGGAGGAAGUCUCCCUCUUCCAGCACUCUGAUUGGGCCGCUGGGGAACACACUGUCUUCCUGUCCCCCCUGUAUAACGACACGGUGCGGCAGUUCUUUGUGAAUGUGAGCAGCGUCCUAUCUGAGGCACAGGUGCAGGCCAGGGUGACUGUAUUCUCAUCGCUCUGCCAGUUCUUCAGCCUGGAGGAGAAGCUCUGGAGCACGCAGGGCCUGAGCCCCCUGGAGCGGGCCAGCCUCAAGCAGGCACACUGCCUUACCCAGCACCUCACUGUCUUCGGAGCCAGCCUCUUCAUCUACCCAGACGCCCUGGUCUUCCUGCCUCCCGCCCAGGGUCCGGUCCACAGCCACGUGGCAGUCAUCACCUGCGCUGUCCUACUGGCCAUUUACCUGGCUACAGCACUGAUAGCACACAAACUGGACGACAUUGACGUGACCCACGUGGGAGUCAUUCCACUCUGUGGACAGCCUGGCCGAUACCACUACAGGGUCAUGGUCAAGACCGGCUGGACCAAGGGCUCAGGCACGAGCGCCCACGUUGGGAUCAGCCUGUACGGGCUCAAUAAGAGCGGCUCACGGCACCUGGACAAGGAUGGGGCCUUCAACAGGAACAGCCUGGAUGAGUUCCAGAUCGAGACCGACGCCAAUCUGGGAGAGAUCUGGAAGAUCAGGGUGUGGCAUGACAACACUGGUUUGGACCCUUCCUGGUACCUGCAGUAUGUCAUUGUGUGGGACAGACAGACGGACAACAUGUACUUCUUCCUGGUAGAGGACUGGCUGUCUGUGGAGAACGAGAGGAACGAAGGCAUGGUGGAAAAGGAGGUGCUCGCUGCCUGCCCUCAGGAGCUACGUGGGUUCUAUCGGAUUCUGGGUGCCCAGCUGCUGCGGGGGGUGUGGGAUGGGCACCUGUGGGUGUCAGUGUGGGAGCGCCCCCCUCGAAGCCGAUUCACCCGGGUGCAAAGAGUCACCUGCUGCGCCCUUCUGCUGUACCUCUACCUGGCAGCAGGGGCACUGUGGUACGGGGCGGUGGGGGACAAACACACCAGGAGUCGAGUCUCGGCCCAUGUGUUUGUAAACGCAGAGACCAUCGCUGUGGGGAUGACCAUCGCUGUCCUGGUGUGUCCGAUCUACCUGCUCUUCAUUUUCCUCUUCAGGAGAACACGCAGCAAGGUAACAGUGGAAGACCCAGAGCCCCAGCCUUCAGAACCCCUCACUGUGGAGAUGGAUGUGUUCAUGGAGCACUCUGAGCUGGGAAGCUCCUCUUUCCUGUCUCUGCCAGGGAGGCUGGACUCCAUUAUGGACGGGGCCUCUGACUCCUCGGAAUCUUUGGGAAGCAAGAAGCUGGAAUCGGCCCUGGGCAAUCCCACUAAACUGGACAAUGAGAGCUUCUUGAAGCAUUGGCCCUCCUGCGACAGUAUCUUCGAUAUCCCUGACCUACUCUCUGCAGAGCCUGCUGUGAGCCGCAGUCGAAUCCUCAAGAGGAAGAAAGCGGUACUGAAGCUGGGUUUGGAGUCUCCCUCUAGCUCUGAGGAUGACCCUCUGUCUUUCUCCUUAUCUGGGUCUGAGCGCUACCACCUCACUCUCUCCGAGGAAGACCUGAUAAAGUCCAUCGCUGCAGAUGAGAGGGCAGCAAGCAAUUCCUCAGGCCGAGUGACCUCAGACAGCGGUCGCUUCUCCCCUCGAGCUGACACUGACCUCUCCGACCUGCUGCAAAGCUCGUGCAGUGGCUGGUCAGACUUGGUUGAUGAGAGGAAGCAGUACGGAGGUCAGAGGCACAAAUCCAUCUCCUGCAUCUCAGGGUUUACCUCGGCUAGCAGCUUCUUCCCCAGCCCUGAGCCCCCCUCCCACCCUGGCUCUGCCUUCUCCACUCGCAUUGGCGUGUCUCGCCGGCCCCGCCCCUGGCUUCUCCCCCCCUGGGUGCUGACUGCUACCUAUCUGCUGGUCCUGGCAGUGCUGGUGGGUUGCGUGGCUCUCACUGUGCUCUACGGCUCCUCGUUCCACAGCCCGGUCCUCCUCAUGUGGCUCGUCUCCUUCCUGUCUGCAUUCCUCACUUCCGCACUUAUCAUCGAGCCGGCCAAGGUGGUGCUGCAGGCUCUGUUCCAGGCCCUGGUUCUGAAGGCUGUGGACCCAGACGAGGGAGAUACUCUGGUGGAGGAGCCCCUCAUUAAGAGGUCCUCGGAGAGGCUUGGUAAGGUUCGCGCUCCCUAUGGAUAUGGGCUGUUGCACGCCAAGGAGGAGGCGCGCAGGGUCCGAGCCCUGCGCCAGCUCAUGAAGGAUUGUAUUGUGCACAUGCUGUUCCUGUUGGUGGUUCUGGUGGUGAACUACCAGGGUAGUUUCCAUGACAACAACGGUAGGCUGUUGCAGGCAGCUGUCAAGCGUUCCCUCCUCUCCACCCCCCGGGAGGGCCGGAACUUCACUGCACUGAGAGGGGGUGCGGAGGCAUGGCUGUGGAUGGACUCUUUGCUGGUGCCUCACCUCUACAGGAACCCCAGCCUCAGUCUGGUAGGAGUGCCUCGACUAAGACAGCUCCGCUCACAGGGAGGGUGUGGUUCUCAUGGCAACAUAGGCUUGCUCUCUCAGGAUCGCUCCCCCACCCCGUACAUCACACAAACACGGAGCAACACCAGCUCCAAUCAGAGAGUGCUUCACGUGUCACAUGACUCUCCAAGGCUGUGGUACUGGGGGGAGCUGGGGCUCUAUUGCAGCGGGGGAGAGGCAGUGGAGCUGGGGAACAGCUCGGAGACAGCCCUGGAGAUUCUGAGACGGCUUCACCAGUCAUCAUGGAUCAACAGAAUGAGCAGGGGGUUGUUUGUAGAGUUCACGCAGUACCACCGGGACACAGGCCUGUUCUUGGUGGUUACCAUGGCGCUGGAGCUGCCUCAGUUUGACUGUGCCGUCCCCUCUGUCAGUAUCAGAGUCCUCCGCAUGCAGCCCUCUGGUUCGGGGGCAGACCUGCUGCUCGUCAUGAUGGUCCUGCUGCUGGUGUUCAGUGUGUGUUUCCUCUGCUCCGAGUUGCUGGCUCUGUCCAGGGAGAGAUGGAGCUACCUCAGGCAGGGCCGGCACUACCUGCAGCUGCUGGUCAUCCUACUGUGCCUGGGGGUCUGCAGCCUGCACUUCACCUUCCUCUCACUCUCCGCUAGCCAGCUCCGCCACUACCGGCGUCACCGCCACGCCUUCACUGACUUCCACAAGGUGGCGCUCAUCGCAGAGGCUGCAUCCAACCUGGCAGCCGUCCUGCUCAGCAUCCUCACGAUCAAGAUUGUGCGUCAGCUGCGCUUUGUCAGGAAGUGGUCAGUGUUUGGGAAGACCUUCCAGCUAGCAGGACGAGAACUCACCAUGGCAACACUCCUGCUGCUGCUGCUCCUGCUCAUCUUCGCACAGAGCGGCUGCCUGCUCUUCUCCUCCACGGUGCAGGAGUUCCGCUCUCUCGGAGGAGCCUGUGUGCUGCUGCUGUCUGCCCUGCGAGGGAGGGUGCGGCUGGGGCAGGUCUCUCAACAGUGGCCCUUGAGCGGGCCGCUGUACCUGCUGAGCUGUGGGGCCUGUCUGUGCUGGGUGCUGGUCCGCCUGUUCGGGGCUGUGCUGAUGCGCAGCUACCGGGCCGUGCAGAACGAGAUGUACCGGCCCGCCAUGGAGCCCCAGGACUACGAGAUGGUGGAGUUCUUCAUCAAGAGAUUCAGACUGUGGAUGGGCCUCAGCAGGACCAAGGAGUUCCGUCACAAGGUGAAGUUCGAGGGGAUGGAGUCCCUGCCCUCCAGAUCCUCUCGGGACUCCGCAGUGCUGUGCCCAGAUUCGGACACUCUGGAGCUCCCUCGUGCUGACUCGGCCCUCUCAUCAGCCUCUGAGGAGUCCAGCGUGGGUGAAGGCCCUCGACUGGACCCGCGCUCGGAUCUCUACGAUGUCCAGUUCUAUCUAGAUCGCCUGCUGCCCACGAUCAACAGCCUCCUGACCCAGUUCGACCGCGUCAACAAAGUGACUGGCGACCUCUACCAGAUAGAAGUUGAUCUGCAGAGAGCGCAGAGCAAGAUUGCUGAGAAGCGGAGGCAACAGGCCUCCCCUCCUCCUCCUCCUCCUCCCACUGCCUCCCCCGCUGUCCUCCCCCCUCCCCCUUCCCUCUCCUUCUCCUGCAAACCCCUGGAGCUUCCACGCACCUACACCACAUUCUCAGAGCCGGCCCUCCCUCGUCCACAGCCCCACCGCAGCCAGGUCUCUGACUCCAGGGAUGCAGAGAGCUGCAGGCCCACUCGCAUACCCUCCUUAAUGGACGCCGGGACCAGGCGAGUCCCAGGACGAAGGGCCUGGCACUCAGGCCCCCCGCUCUCGGCAGACUUCAGUCAGAGACCCCUGCAGGCCCCAGGGGGAGCGGACGGGAGCCGGCCCAAGAGCGAGGAAGGGAAGGGUAGGCAGGGGAACGAUCGGGUCCCUGUGAAGAGGAGGGCCUGGCACAACGAGGGCACCUGAGAGAAGGACAAGCUGCUGGGCCACGGGGAAAGUUAGAACACCUGCUGAAGAAACUACUCUGCUUUUGAUGACCACAGCAGGGCCUUUUUGAACCACUAAUCUUCUCGAUUUUUUUAAAAAAAAUUUUAUUUUUUUUUCUGUGAAAUGUUGGACUAUUUGCUCCAGUCAUUCAGCUGUAUUUGAUUUUACACCUGGUCGCUAUACCUGAUCUGCUAUUUAUCCCUUGUGGGUUGCAGCACUGAAACAUUUGAAAAGACAAUGUACUAGUUUAGGGUUGUGGUUAGUCAGUUCGGUUAUGGAGGCUUCAGUAAAAAAGUACAUUACAUACGUAGAGAGACAUAAUACAGCACAUAGGAAUCCCCUAUUUAAUUCUGACUUGCUUAGCCAGUUGUGAUUGAAACUUGGUCAGGACAUUCUUUAUCACACAUUGUUGAGAGUAUCGGGAUAAUCAGAGGAGCCUGUCUAAGUUGCACUUGCCAGUCUAAGUUGGGGCUGUAGAUCAUUGUUUGCUAUUGUAUUUGCAGCUGUAAUGGGGUGUAUGGUAAUACUAUACUUGUUUACUGAAUGAUGUGGUAUUAGUAAAUCCUGGAGCACUGAUAUUGCAUAAAUAAUUUUCAUUCCUACUGUGUUAUUAAUGUCACUACUAUGCCACUGUUUACCAUGCCAUGUUUUGAUUGAAGAUGCUGUACUUUGACUUGUGUCUCAUGACUACUGCUUGUGUGUUGCCAUGUAUUGUUUUUAUGUGUUUAGUAUCAUAUCGUUUUGUACCGAGCUAUUGUGAGGUCUUUACCAUGAUCUUAGUACUGCCAUUGCCAAUGAACUGUGUAGUAAUCCUGCUUGUGUUUCCACAGUUACUGGAGCCAGUGUUGAGGGCUGGCAUGGUUUAGAUCCUUAAAAAGCAUGCCCUGUGUGUGACUAACCCAGAGUUAUAGGACCAAAGAUUUGUAUAUGUUCUGUUAAUAAACCAGCCCAGUCUUUCUGAGGAGGUCUCAGAUAGUGUGUUUACUAUGAAGUAUGUAAAUUGUUAACCAUCUGCUAUAUACCUGCACAGGAGGGGUUUCUCAACCCAACUUCAACUGGAUGGUCUGAGUACAUUCAGAGCAUGCACUUUUUUUUUUUACCUGAAUUAGGAUUCAUCUUUUUCUCCAAGCCCCAUGAUUGUUAUUUUUAUGUAUGUGAUAAAUUAAUUAAAUGACAUUGUAUCCCCAAAAACAAGAUUACCAUGUAAAAUAAGCAGUCAUUUUAAACGGUUUCUGCUCUCAGUAUAUUGGGCACAGAGUCACAUUUGUAAUGUGUUAGUACUUCCACUCCCUAUGGAAACCAAAGUAAAAGCUGGUAUUAAAGUGAGUGCAUGCUGAUCAGGAGCCCAGAUUCACUGGGGACAGACAGCUUUGUUUGGAACUAUUCCUUGGAGCGGCAGCUCUUCAGGAUGAGAAGCAGGAACAGUGACUGUGUAACAGUGACACUAACUGGUGCAACUUGACAUGAAACAUGAAAGUACUGUAAUAGCACGGUAUAACAGCAUGAUAGUACAUUAUCAGUUUAUGUGACUUACCAUUGUCUUACCUCAAUUGUUACGUCUCUGAGUUUCCUUCUCAUACAACUAAGGUCCAAUCUUAAAAGUACAUCAUAUUUCAUUUUUAAUCCCUUUCAUAUCAUGUUAUUUUAAUUUUUUACAAUUCCCUGUUGCUGCUUUUAACCACUGCUUCUGAAAGCUGAAUUUGUGACGCUUGGUUAUUUGUUAGAAAUCACCACUAUGGGUGUAGAACAGCUGUAUUUGCUGUGAGUUAGUACAAAUCCCAUUUUCAAAACCACAUUAAAAAACUAGAGCAAUCAGCACUGAGGUGUGGUAGAGGAGACACAGAACAGGAUAUUAAACUGAUAUUCAAAUUAAUUACUAUGAAGACCGUAGAAAAUAUCUCUUUCAAUAAAAGAAACAUUUUAAAAAAAGAAAAAUAAAUAAUGAAAUACAAGUCAAUACGAUUUUUAACGUGGAGAAACUAGAAUUAUUAUUAUUAUUUACAUAUAAAAAUUUUAGUUUGGUGUUGAUCUGUCUAGCUGUUUCUAAAGUGUCAGGUGAUUAUGGAUAACAGUUAUUUUUUGUUGUCACUUUAUAAUACUGAACAAGGUCGUUUUAUGACGGUUGUUUGCCAAUUCGGGUGCCAGAUAGGUAAUGCUAAACCAACCACAAAUAUAUAAAUGCAGAUAGCUACAGGAAACAAGAGUUACUGUGAAAUGAGAGCUAGCACAAAAUGACAGAUAGAGUAAAAGUGAAAUGUAAAUAUGCAACUGUAGUUUGAAGAACAUGUUAUACAGCAAGGCUAUGAGUUUAUCACGUACUAACUUUAGUAAGACACCUUGCUACCUCAGUGAGAAAGCAAGGACAUAUUUAUUGCAUUGGACGGGUUUGUCUGUAUUUGUUUUUUUCUUGCUCGUACUGCUUUGGGAAUGAACGUUGGGAUGUACUGUAAGACAGCGGUAGUCUUUUUAUUAAUGAAUGAAGUUUACUGUUAACAGACUAAUAAUAAAAUAUAUCAAAUACAA